GUGACAUAUCGGGACAGUGACGGAGAGCGGCGCCGCGCAGAGCUCCGGCCUCCAGGGGGCAGCACUGACAAUGCGGCAGAGUAGUGGAGGACGAACACAUUAUGGCUGCUCCCAGGUUCCGGGAUCUCCCCGCGGCCGCAUUGUUUUCCCGGUAAUGACGGUUAUUGGUGAAUGAGGCGCCCGGGGGAGGAGGAGCGGCGGUGCCGGCAGACAUGGCCGCUUUGUGUGUGAGGAAACCGGGGAGCGCGCUGUGAGCCGCCCGGGAACUUCUCCUGCCAGCUGGUCUUCAGCUCCGUGCUCAGUGUAAUGCGGCAGCAUGGACAACCAUAACCCUCCCUUAUUGUUUGACUUCACCAUGGGCGGUGGCGGGAACAUGGUGACCCCUGGGAAAAAGCCGGCAGGGGAGACGUCAAACUCCAAUAAGAAAUGUAAGCGAUACUUCAACGAGCACUGGAAGGAAGAGUUCACCUGGCUGGAGUUUGACUAUGACCGAAAGCUGAUGUUUUGUAUGGAGUGCCGGCAGGCUCUUGUGAAGAACAAGCACGGCAAAGCCGAGAACGCCUUCACCGUGGGGACCGACAAUUUCCAGAGACACGCGCUCUUGCGUCAUGUCACCUCCGGUGCCCAUAGGCAGGCGCUCGCGGUGAACAGUGAGCAACUAGCCAUGGAGAUGCAGUUUCACCACGAGUUAAAGUCCGUCAUCAAAGCUGAGAUGGACCCAUCUAAGAUAGCUAUCCUGACCACUGUCUACACCAUGGCCAAGGCCGGUAUCUCCAGUGGGAAACUUCCGUCUCUGCUGGAGCUGCAGAAGUUUAACCUUUGCGAGGCUCUGAUGUCUUCUGAGCAAAACGAGUAUUACCAUCCGAGCAGUGUAAGACAAAUGCAGGCAGCCAUUGUUAAAGUACUGCAAAGUGAAGAUCAAAAGAAAUUGAAAGAGUCUCCAUUCAUUGGGCUUGUUUUUGACGAGACCAUGGAUAUCGCAGAACAAAAAAGUCUUGUAAUGUUCACAACAUCCAUUUCACCAUGUGAUGGACAAGUGCACGUUGCUUUCCUGGGCAAGUUUGAGUUGGGCUCAGGGGAUGCCAGCUCUGUUUUAGACAAAGUGAAAGACUUUUUGAAUGAUUUCCAUAUCUCCCCUAAGAAGGUAGCAUGGUUAAGUUCUGAUGGUGCGUCACUAAUGUCAGAUAAGCAAAAUAGCGUUGGUGAAAAGCUAAAAUCUCUUUGUCCGCUUGUAUCAGAGUUUCACAGUAUAUCACACAGAAGGUCUUUGCUCCCAACUGAAAGUUUUACCAGUCUUGAAUAUGUAAAAAGAUACGAAAGUAUUAUAGAUGCAGUUUAUAGACUGUACGGCAAAAAAAAUGGUGAGAGUCAAAGCUUUCACGAGUUGCAUAAUAUUCUCAACAUCUGCGGCAUAGACUUAAACUGUACAAGAACAGUUCAUUGGAUAUCCAUCUUGCCAGCUGUCGAAACCAUUGACUCUUCUUGGCCGACUCUUGUUCUUUUACUCGAAAGUGAAUCUGCCAAGUCUCCUAUAGCCAACGGACUGUGCUUGGAGCUAAAAAAGUUCUGGUUUGUUGCUUUUACCAAGGUUUUACUCGAUAUACUUCCCAUCUUCCAAAAACUCAACCAGUUCUUCCAGAUUGAGGAUCUCGAUAUAUCCAUGAUAAAUCCAAUAGUGACCGCGUCGCAUGCCACUUUGCAGGCUCAAAAAUCUACAAAUGGACAGAACUUUCAAGAGUUCCUCAACGAGCUGAAUGAACAUCCCGAUGAAGACAAUGAGAGCCGCUUCUACUACAAAGGAGUAGAAUUAGUUGACUGCUCCAAAGUCCCGUUGAAAGAUUUUGAGAUUAUAAAAGAAGCCUGCCUCGAAAAUGUGUGCAAGAGCCUACAGGACCGAUUUCCUAGCAGUGUCCUGAAGGUGGUCAGCUCUUUUUCAGCUGUCUUCAAUCCAAAGAGUUACCCAUCCUCCCUGGACGAUAUUGGUUCCUAUGGUGAAAUGGAAUUACGGUUCCUCCUCCAGUACUUCUCUCACGUAUUGGUUACUGAAAGAGCAUCCAAUGACUUUGCCCUGUUCAAGCGUAUUGUCUUCAGUCUUAGCCACCUAAGCUUUCGAGAUCUUUGCGUGAAGUUGGUCCACUCCAGUUCGGAGAUGCAUGAGCUUUUCCCCGACUUUACUGUCUUAGCUGCUGUUGCUUUAGUCAUGCCACUUGGAUCUGUUCUCUUUGGAAAAAUAAGCCAAGUGAAAGAAUUUCGGAGGCAGAGUUGCCAUCAGGGAGGAACGGCUGGUGACCUUAGUGAUGUUCUCAAAAUUGCUAUUGAUGGCCCAGAACUUAAUGAGUUAGACUUUUCUAGAGCAAUUCACUACUUUGAAAACACGAGGGAACCUGAGUCCUUUGUCUCCCAAGGCCGGUGGGAAACACAGGAUGUAUGAAGCAGAAGUAUGAACAGUUACCAGAUAAUACAGGGUUAUAACGUUUAUCCUAGGGAACAGUGUUUUCAGUUAGGGUUCUCCUUUAAGUAUUUCAACCAAACCUGGUUUUGUUUGGUUAAUGGUCAUCAUUCCGGAACACUACUGUCUAAAGCCAACGGGCCAGAUGUUAUGCUAUAUGGAAUUUCUUCAUAGUGUCUAUCAUGAAAAGCCCAUUUCCACUUUUUUUAUAUACCAUAAUUUGAACUUUUUUGUAAGUCAAGGAAGUUUUGAAGAACACCAGUGUAUCGAAUUGUACGUUCCCCCAAAAAAUAACAAUAAUGCACGCUUAAGGGGUUGGACAGAAUUUCGGACAGCCGUGUUUUUCUAAUUUCUUCCAGUGUUUAACCAGCAUUUAUACAACUUCCCAAUAAGAAUGUUCUGAUCCAACACAUCACGGAUACUUCCAUUUAAGAUGAAUGUAUGCAAUGUUAUGAGUUUGUUUACUGUUACUUCUUGGAAUCAAGACAUAUUGUAGCAAAAAGGAGCUACCUGUAUAAUCUUAAAGCAGUGUUUCCCAACUUAAAGCAGUGUUUCCGAACCAGUGUGUCCCUAGCUGUUGCAAGACUACAACUCCCAGUAUGUACAGACAUCCAAAGGCCUGUCUGCCUCUUCCAGAGGUUCCACACUGUGCCUGAAAGGUAAAUCAAGGCUUCCCUCUUAUCACAUUCAUUUGUGCAGUGGUCUUCAAAAUGCAGCCAUCCAGCUGUUGCAAAACUACAACCUCCAGCAUGCCCGGACAGCCGUUGGCUGUCCGGGCAUGCUGGGAGUUGUAGUUUUGUAACAGCUGGAGGCUCUCUAGUUAGGAAACACUGUCUUAAAGGGGUAAUCCGAUGCUCAGCAUUUGGAACAAACUGUUCCGAACACUGGAGCCGGCAAUGGGAGCUCGUGACGUCAUAGCCCCGCCCCCUCAAUGCAAGUCUAUGUUCCAAAUGCUGAGCAGCGGAGUACCCCUUUAAAGGGUAAUGUAAACCAAACUGCUGAGGUUCCCCAAGUUUAAUAGAACGCAAAGCACUUAGCCCUGCUGCAACUGAGCCUAGAGACUGUUUUAUAUGAGCAGGAGCUUAGAGACUCCCAAAAAUGGUUAUUCGUUAGUUGUUUUUCAUUUAGAAGGAAAAUCUGUGAUUCUUUAUUGUAUGAGAAGAUUAAUGCCAGAGGACAUUCGGUAGGCAAAGUUUAAAUCAAAAUUGCUGGUCUUCCUGGAGGAUGUGUUUUUAAAGAAAAUUAUAUAUUGUUUGAAGAAAGUUUCUAUGUUAAACAUAUUUUUAAUGAAUUUUUGGUGAUGGUCAAUAAAAAAAACA